AUGUGUGAGCGCAGUCUCUACAGAGCGGGCUAUGUGGGUUCGCUUCUGAAUCUACAGUCGCCUGACUCCUUCUACUUCUCCAACUUGCGGCCGAAUGGAGGCCAGUUGGCCGCGCUUCCCCCCAUCUCGUACCCGCGCGGCGCGCUGCCUUGGGCCACUGCGCCCGCCUCCUGCGCCCCGGCACAGCCAGCCGGCGCCACAGCCUUCGGUGGCUUUUCUCAGUCUUACUUGACCGGUUCCGGGUGCCUUGGCCUACAGCCCCCGAGCGCCAAAGACGGAACCGAAGAACAGGCCAAGUUCUAUACUCCCGACGCGGCCACUGGGCCUGAGGAACGCGGCCGUGGGCGGCCGCCCUUCGUCCCCGAGUCUAGCCUGGCCUCCGGGUCCGCUUCCCUCAAAGUGACCAAGUACGACUACGCGAGUGUGGGCCGCGCGGCGGCGAGCUCUGCCACCUUGUUAGACGGGACCCCCUGUGCUGCCGCCAGUUUCAAGGACGACGCCAAAGGCCCGCUCAACUUGAACAUGACUAUGCAGGCGACCAGCGUCGCCUCUUGCCUGAGACCUUCGCUGACCGACGGCCUGCCGUGGGGGGCGGCCCCGGGGAGGGCCCGCAAGAAGCGGAAACCCUACACGAAGCAGCAGAUUGCUGAGCUGGAGAACGAAUUCCUCCUCAAUGAAUUCAUCAACCGUCAGAAGCGCAAGGAGUUGUCCAACAGGCUGAACCUCAGUGACCAGCAGGUCAAAAUCUGGUUCCAGAAUCGGCGCAUGAAGAAGAAGCGCGUAGUGCUGCGUGAGCAGGCGCUGGCGCUCUAUUAG